AUGGAAUACCCGCAUACAACGCAAUCGCCUGGCUCGGAAGAUCCUGAUGCCAUGGUAGCAGAGCUGCUGAGCCAGCUUGAGAGCACGGCUCCGGAUCAAGCUGCUGCUGUUCUCGGUUCUGAACCUCACUUGGAAGCCGAAGAUGCGUCCAGGGCAGAGGAGAAGGAACCUCUUAAGUCAAUUUCGAUUGAGGUUCAUGUCCCUCACAUCGAUAACCCCGAAGACUACGAAUUUCUGCCUGGUCACUUCAGGGUCCGGCAUAUUCUGCAGAUUGAUUCAAGAAAUCCAGACCGACCAAUCUACACGGUUCGACUCACAAGUGGAGAGCGUGCAACUGUUCCACGCGAUACAUUUCUGAGCCUCGAAAACAGUGCUCGGGCUUUGGAUGAGUUUGUGCCGGAAUCAGACUCAGAAGACGAACUGGUAGCUGUGGGGAUGAAGUCCCGCUCCUUGAAUCUCGGCGGUGAUGGCGCCGGCAAUGGCAGGCGAGGUCCAAGGUCUGGAGCAUCCGCUCGGCGCCGUCCUCGUGGCUCGACUACCCGUGGGAGUUACGCAAAAUACUUUCAAGCACCUGAAUCCUCUAGCUCCGAAGAAGAGGAAGUGGAAUCUGGCAACGAGCUUGCACGGCGCUAUUCAACAAGACGCCGUGGCGUGGUCCGCGCGGGCAGAAGGGUGAUCAAAUCUUCUCAAGACGAAGACGAGGAUGAUUCUUCUGCCAGAGUAGUGUCGAGAAGCACGCGCAAUCGAAGAAGUGGCCGCCGAAACCUGCGAGAACGACUGGAAGAUGAUCUUUCUGAGGCUGGAAGUGAGGCCCCGAAGCAGAAAAAAUACUCAGGCGCCCGCGAAGCAUUCCCCGAGCUCCCACGAGACGACGAGUUCCGCCUCAGACAUUUUGCAUCCUGCUCAACUUGCAAUCUUUACGAGGACGAUGAUGUCCGGGGUCCUCUGGUCUUCUGCCAGGGUUGUACCUCGUCUUACCAUCAACAGUGUCUGGGUCCCCGUAGCAGCAGAGAGCACCUUGUCACAAAGAUCGACGAGAAGUACUUUGUUCUACAGUGUCGCCGCUGCCUUGGAAUCUCGCAUCAAAGACAUGAUGUUGCCCCCCACCUCGGCCGAUGUGCUGUUUGCAGGAAGGAUGGUGCGAUGUCACAACCACUGAAGGAACGUCUCUCAUCAAAGGAAGAACAGCAGCAACGUUUGGCAAAUGGUGGCGAGGACCCCAUCACCUCUGUGGAUAUGGCUCGGAUCAACAAUGUCGACGAGGUCCUUUUCCGGUGUGCGAGCUGCCAAAGGGCUUUUCAUUUCGAGCACUUGAAGACGGAUGAUAUGCAGGACACUACGGAGCUUGUGACUCACUUCACCACCCAUUGGCAAUGCCAUGAGUGCACAAACGCGCCAGGAGAUGUUGAAGGUUUAGUUGCCUGGCGACUGGAGGAGAAGCCCGCUGGCGCCACCAAAUUACCCUCCGCUGAGCUCAUACCCGAAGUAGACAAGCAAUAUCUUAUCAAGUGGAAGCAAAAAUCAUACUUCCGCACAACCUGGAUGCCUGGAGAUUGGGUGUGGGGCACAACCAGUCUUCUGAUGCGUCGCGCGUUCUACAGGUCUCCAAAGGCCCGCGAGCCCAUCUGGACGACUGAGGAGGCAAUCUCCGAGGAUGAUCUCCGGGUUGACAUCGUCUUCGACGUGAACUUCUCGAGCGAGACGUCCCCGGAGGACUUUGACAAACCUGAGCAGGUGGAACGAGCAUACGUCAAAUAUAAGGGCCUUGGCUAUGAGGACUCUGUCUGGGAAUCGCCUCCGAACAUCACAGAUACUGCCCGAUGGGAGGACUUUAAGGUAGCUUUCCAGGAUUGGUUGAAUCGGGAAGCAAUCAGCCCUCCAGACCGUCAGGUUAUGAAUAACCACCUGGCCAGUACAAGACGCCUGAACUUCGAGAAAGACUUAGUGCUCAAUACCCAACCUGAAAUGAUUCGUGGUGGCCAGUUGAUGGACUAUCAGCUGGAUGGCGUCAACUGGCUAUACUAUAUGUUCCUGAAGCAGCAAAAUGCCAUUCUGGCAGACGAUAUGGGCCUCGGGAAGACCGUCCAGGUCAUUUCACUCUUCGCAACCUUGAUACAAAAGCAUUCUUGCUGGCCCUUCUUGGUCAUCGCCCCAAAUGCUACGGUCCCGAACUGGCGACGCGAGAUUAAGAGAUGGGCGCCUGACAUGCAAGUUGUUACCUACUUUGGGUCAGCCUUUGCUCGACAAAUGGCGCAUGACUAUGAAAUGUUUUCGCAGCAUGGCAAAGAUCUCCGUUGUCACGUCGUGAUAGCCUCUUACGAAAGCAUGCUCGAUCAAGAGGCUGAAAAGGUUCUUAAAAAGGUGGACUGGGCUGGACUGGUCGUUGACGAAGGGCAGCGCCUCAAGAACGACAAAUCACAACUCUAUGGGCGUUUGAGCGGCAUAAAUUUUGAUUUUAAGGCGCUCCUCACCGGCACCCCCUUGCAAAACAACAUUCGAGAGCUCUUCAAUUUGAUCCAGUUCUUGGACCCGAAGAACAUUGCGGACGAUAUGGAAGCGCAAUACGGCAGUCUCACGGCUGAGAAUAUUCGAUCUCUCCAUGACAUGAUCCGCCCUUUCUUUCUGCGUCGCACAAAAACCGAGGUUCUCCCUUUCCUGCCUCCCAUGGUGCAGAUCAUCAUCCCGGUUUCGAUGUCUGUCCUGCAAAAGAAGUUGUACAAGUCGAUCCUCGGGAAAAACCCGCAGCUGAUUCAGGCGAUCUGCAAAAAGCAGACCAGUGAGCUGAAGAAGACUGAAAGACACAACCUGAAUAAUAUCCUCGUGCAGCUGCGCAAAUGUCUCUGUCACCCUUUUAUUUACAACAAAGAUAUCGAAGAACAAACCCAUGAUCCCCAAUUGGCUUUCCAACGUUUGGUGGAAGCCUCAGGGAAGCUAAAGCUACUGAAGAUCAUGUUGCCGAAACUUCAAGAACGUGGUCACCGAGUGCUGAUUUUCAGUCAGUUCUUGGAGAAUCUCGACAUUGUUGAAGAUUUUCUAACGGGUCUUGAACUGCGUUACUGUCGGCUUGACGGGAGAUUGACCUCUCGUCAGAAGCAACAGCAGAUUGAUGCAUUCAAUGAGCCGGGUUCGCCUUUCUUCGCAUUCCUUCUGUCAACCCGUUCGGGUGGCGUGGGUAUCAAUUUGGCCACUGCGGAUACUGUCAUCAUCAUGGACCCAGACUUUAACCCCAAACAAGACAUGCAGGCACUUUCACGUGCUCAUCGCAUCGGUCAAAAGAAUACUGUCUUAGUCUACCACUUGACGACCCGGGCUACGGUUGAAGAGAAAAUCAUGCAGAAGGGUAAGAAGAAGCUAGCACUUGACCAUGUGUUGAUUGAACGCAUGGAGGCUACCGAAGACGAGGAAGACUUGGAGUCUGUUCUCAAACACGGAGCUCAAGCCUUGUUCAGUGACGAUGAUUCUCCCGAUAUUCAUUACGACGCCGAUUCUAUCAACGCUCUGCUCGACCGCAGCCAGGCAGAACAGACCAAGGAAGCAGCGUCAGAUACCCCGGUCUCUAGCGAAGCCCCCCAAUUCAGCUUUGCGCGUGUCUGGCAAAAUGAUCGCGGCUCUCUCGAGGAAGUCACGGAAACCGAAGAAGCAGACGUUGAUGCCGCUUUAUGGGAAGGCAUUCUUCGUGAACGCGAGCGCGAAGCUGCUGAAGAGGCGUAUAGAAAAGCCGAAAGACUUGGUCGUGGCAAACGAAAGCGCGCUACUGUCAAUUAUCAAACUCUUCGUGAGGAAGAGGACGAUGAUGCUGUUGGGGAAGCCAGCUCGGCUUUACCUAGUCCUGUCAAAGCACGUCGAGCUCGCGACAACGAUGCUGAUUUUCACAAUAUCGAACAUCCUCAUGAUAGCGACUCUGACGAUACAAUGAUGGAUGGAGACACAGCAAUCCGACAGACUGGAUCCACCAAAACUGCACCAUUCCAGCGCAUUCAAUCUCCGCCGGCUGAACCCCAGCCAAAUUUCGAUUUAGAUGGCGCCUCCGACUUGCUACCUUCUUGCAUCGCUUGUGGUCGAUAUCACUUACUUGGUCGAUGCCGACUAAAAACGGCCGGGGUUGAACACUGUCCACUUUGUGGCUUAGCACACUUGGGUGGGCGACGUACUUGUCCCCAUCUCCACUCGGAGGACCAAAUCCGCCUCAUGGUACAAGCUCUCAAUCAAAGCCCUGAGAAUCCAGAGAUGGUCUCCUUUGCGAAGAAAUAUGCCAAAGGUAUUCUCGGUCAUCUGCAAAGUAGUCGCAAUAGAUUGUCACAGCCCAUUAUCCCCGUGCAGGCUCCGCAACCCCGUGCUCCUGAGCCCGUGCCCGAGCAGCACCAAAACCCCAUGGCUCAUCCUCAGCCACAAAGCGGGACAACUAGCUCCCAAGCUUCUUGGGUCUUUGAUUUGACUGACUGA